AGUAUCCUCUUAUUCCCUCUUCUUUUGUUUUUUGAUCCUUUUCCACUCCUCUCCUUUUAUACCUCACCGCGAAUUUUUUUGUGUUUGGUUCCCCUCGAUACCUUUUUUUUUUAUUGCAGGAAAAAAACGGAUUGACCAAUAGGAAGCGUCAAAGCUGAAAUUUGGAGUCUGUUCAAUCUCGGUCGUCGAUUAUUGUUGUUUUUUUUCAAUUUGCGACUUUUUUGGGUAGGUAUAUGCAUUAAUGACAUGGUCUCAAGCUUAAAAAAGAAACAUACAUAGUUGAACGUUUAUUUUUUGUUUUGUUCCUUGCUCUUCUUUUGGCCGUCUCGUCUACCUACCUUUUUUUUUUGUAAACCUCUUUUGCCCCCGCCUCCACUCUUUUUUCUUUAAUUCGGUUUUCCCCUGUUGGCGCCAUUGAUCGGAGCCUUAAUCGUCCUGUUUGCCACCCACCGCUUUUUUCCUUUAUCUCCUCCUCGUCCUCUUGGUCAUUGCAAUGUCGCCUCUUGCCAUUGCCGUCAUUGAAGCCACUGCCCUUGUGUGUGAAAGAAACGAACGGGAUACGACCAUCCAACGCAAAUCGGAAAAAUUGCUGCCUAUACUGAAUAUUGUGCUGGAAACCGAGACACAAGUGAUUUCGCUGGUUCGAUACAUUCCUGAUCUCGUUGAAUUUGAUCAAUUGAUAAAAACACAUUAUCAUAACGUCAAGAUCCCCUUUCCCAACUUGAUAGCGAGAGAUCUGACCAGCAGUAGUAAACGACACACGCUACGGUAUUUCCUAACCACCCUAACCCACACACGUCAGAAAACCAAUGCGCAAAAAAUCGAAAUGUAUUUACGCCGCUGCGCACGGGAUACCACCGUCCAAAAGAGCACCCUGUUUCGUGACUUUCUGUUACCGCAACGUGAAGAUGAUUAUGUGAUCCAUAAACAAACCGUCGAUUCCGUACCCGACUCGCAGCUCGUAACAAUAACAGACACAGCACCUGAUGAUGAUGGUGAUCCGGUUUCAAAACAGUUUGGAUCCAUCGAUAAUGAACCCGUCGCUGUGCAACCUAAUAACCCUGGUCACCCUGAUCAACCGAAUCAAACCGAAUCGAGUGACCGUGAACCCUCGGUGACCGUGGACACAGACGUAGACGUAGACGUAGACGUGAACCCAAACGAGAGUGAUACCCAAGCCAAGGCAAACCCUUAUCCAUUAGCAGAUCAACCACCUGAAUCGACUGGGCUUGCACCACCACAGCAACCACCUCAUGUUCCAUUAGAUAACCUAGAGAUGCUCAAGGUGCUCGGCAAAGGGUGUAUGGGCAAAGUGUUUCUGGUCCAGUCGCGUCACACACGUCAACUUUAUGCGCUAAAGAGUAUUCCAAAACAACUUGUCGUGGAGCAACGUGAAAUUACGCAUACACUCGCUGAGCGGGAGAUUUUGGAAACCUUGUCUUUGGUGAACCAUCCUUUCCUUGCCAAGCUGCAUACCUCGUUUCAGGACAGCCAUCGGUUGUAUUUAUUGACGGAUUACCACUGUGGUGGCGAUUUAGCCACCCAAAUGAGUUCAUGUGCCACCUUUGCCAAGGAAUUGACCCUCUUUUAUGCGGCAGAAAUCAUUGAAGGCAUCGGUGAACUGCAUCGCCACGGGAUCCUAUAUCGCGAUCUGAAGCCGGAAAACAUCCUGUUGACCAUGGAAGGUCAUGUUGUAUUGACCGAUUUUGGGUUGAGCAAAUGGCUGGACAAUGACGACCGAGCCACACACACGUUUUGCGGUACAGCCGAAUACCUGGCUCCAGAAGUGUUGCUGGGCGAACCUUACAGUUUCGGCAUUGAUCACUGGGCCUACGGUACCAUUCUGUACGAAAUGUUGGCGGGGAUUACGCCGUUCUGGGCCGACAAUCAUUCGGACAUGUACCGUCGAGUGCUGGAAGAACCACUGGAAUUCCCGCCGGACGUCGAUUACGAUACAGCCGAGUUUAUUGCGGGUCUGCUGGAUCGUGACCCACAAACGCGAUUGGGAGCGCACGGCGUCGACGAGAUCAAAUCACACUACUAUUUCGCUCACAUUGACUGGGACGAUGUGUAUCACCGUCGUCUUGUGCCGCCUUAUGUUCCGCCGCUGGCCUCGGAAAUGGACUUCGCCAACUUUGAUAUCUCGUUCCUGGAAAUGGAGCCUGCAUUGACUCCCAUGUCUUCCCAAGUCGACUUGACCUCCGACAUCCAGCAAGUCUUUGAAAACUACUCCUUUACCGAUGUACGUUACCUUGAGAACGAAUGGCCCCAUUCUUCGACCAACGACUUCACAGGAGCCGAACACGAGUUGAACCACGAGCCGAACAACGACUAUCGAGAAACAGAUACCAACGCUGAACCCGUCGUCGUAUCUCCAGUUCCACCGAAACGAGGCAGUAUCAGUAUGUUGUCUGACGGGAGCGACGAAGAUCGGGGUGCAAAGGAUCCUACCGACACUGCACUAAGCGAUGAACAUCACGAAGGCAAACGGUCAGCGAAACGACGCAAUACACAGCGUGAAAUUCGACCGAAUCUUUUACCUGAACCGAGUCCUGUGGAUCCGGAUCCGCUACCAGACCUGUCCAUAGCGUCGUCGGUUGACGCUUCUUUGGACGAACUAGGCUUCUCGCUGACCUCAGAAUUGGAUUUACGCUUUUCGUUUGAUCUUCCCGACCACUCUUCUUCCACCUACCAAUGUACGAGUCCGAUGGACGUUCACAAAAAAAAUAGAAAACGUCGCUUAUUCUCUCCUUUCCACAAGUUCCUGAACCCCAUUCUAUCCACCUAGUCCCGCCUCUAUUGGUCCCACUUCCCCCCAUUUUGAUCCAUUCCAUAAUUACGCAUUAUACUAAGCAUCAUGCCAACUGAUAUACCUUCAUAUUCUUACUUUUUUAUUGUCAAAACGGGAAAUC